GUUAUAGCAUACGUAGGCUGUUCUUUUACAAGAACGAAGGAAGUGUUGGAGAGAAGUGGCUUGGUGUACCCGAUGAGAAGGACAGCGUCAUUGAUGUAGAAACUGAUCUGUUAAGAGAAGUGGCUAUAGCCUCAAUGAAACUGAAGAAAUUGCAAAGGGAUCGUGCAUUUUUAGAAAAGACAUUGCAGGCAACAGUGGAAGAAAUAAAGGCCACUGGAUCAUUCCACGUGUUAAGCAGAACUGUUCUCCAAGAGAUAUUGGUCCAAAUGGAAGAGAAAGACCUUAUAGAACAAGAAGAGCGAAAUUCGGAGGAAGUAAAAUAUCUGCAGGCAAAAAUUGUUGAAGAAGCAAAAGAAAUUCAUGACAAGCUUUAUCAGAGGGAUGAAAUUAUUGCAAAACUAAAGGAUCAAAUGCAAGAUGUGAUGUUUGACAGCGAAAUGCAGCUCAGAUAUGUUGAUCACUGGGAAAGGGCAAGGCAAAGUCAGAAUCUUCUCAAAUAUAAUCUACAAGAGAGACAUCUUACUGAAGCUAUCGAGGAACUUGAGGGACAAAGCAGUACUGAGGUCAAAGUUGGUGAGGCUGUUGAACGAUACAUAAAUGAAUCACAAAAUAAACUUCUGCAAGAAAUAGACGAUUGGCAACAUAGAUACAUCACUGAACUUGAAGAGAGGCAGCUCCAUAUCUCAAAACUGACAGAACAGCGUGAGCAGCACUUCCAGGAACUGGAGGACCUUGCGGUUCUGUAUCAGAAACACCAAGAAGAAAUAAGAGACUACCUAGAAUUUGUAGCUGAAAGAGAACGAAAGGCAGCUGAAGAAAUUUUUAUAAAUAUGACAGCUACAAGAAUACAAGCCUGGUGGAGGGGCACAAUGGUUCGCAGGGGUCUAGGUCCAUAUAGAAAGAAAAAGGGCAAAGGAAAGGAGAAGGAUGCUAAAGGAAAGAAGGGGAAAAAGUAAUAAUUGUGCCUCACUAAUCAGAAGCCUCACAAAUGACUUACAUAGUAAAAAUCUCUACAAGUUUAUAAAUGUGACUAUUCAGAUUCCACUCAGUGUAGUUAUAGAUAUGUUUCCACUUCUAUUUCAGUAAUACAGAGAAUGAAACUGUCAGUACAGAGAGGGAGAUGCCAAAAUAAGAUGCUAUGCUGUUUUGAAAAUUACAUGCAAAAUUAACCCUGUUCUUUCCUUUGAAUUUUCGGAAAAUAACCAGUGCCAACCGUUGUGUCAAGACUACAAAACAUUCAUAUAGUUUUUAAGAAUACACAUUUAUAAUGAUAACAAUUUUUUGCAAACUGAAAUGAUAGUGAAGAGUCCUAUAACAAAUGGUAGUGCUAGAUUCUUAUUUUGUUUGGAUCACACACAAUAACUGUGUAAUCAUAUUAUUGAACAGGAAAAAUUAUCUUUCAACAAAACUUUAACAAUAAUCAAAUAAAAAUGGAUAACUAUACUUAUAUCUGACUGAAGGAAUCUAAAGAUUAUGAUACACUCAACUCAAAGGUUGGUUUGAACAUAACAGUGCUAUACUGGGCAUGGUAUGGCGUAUCCUUCCUCUGACUUUUCCAUUGAAUCAUCCAGUCAACAAAUUGAUUAAAAAGAAAAGCAUUAAGCAUCUGUUGCGAACCACUUAGAACGUAUUUAAGUUGAACAUGAAUUAUUUCGGUAACGACAGUCAGUAACUGUUCAAAUAUUCAUAAAAAUUAUAGCAAUUAAAAAGUCAAGAAUGAUGAGGUGUUUCCAAAAGCUGCAUAGCUAUGAAGGUGAUUUAUUCGCAACUACUGGUUUCAUGUCAGUAUAGAUGCAUCUUCAGUUUUAUAAUGAUUAUGUUUUCAUAAAUCAAACAAUGGAAAAUCCAGGAUGGAAUGUAACAAUACGAGAGAAGGAAAGUUGGUACUCACCAUGUAGCGGAGAUGCUGAGUCGCAAUAGACACAAUAAAAUGAUUCAUACAAUCAUAGCUUUCGGCCGUUAA